GAAUUAUUGAGUGUCUCUAGCCAACAGCAUGGAUGUUACGGACGACAUAUUUGAAGAGAACAACGAAAAAACAAUAAAAGAGAACAUAUUGAACCACUAAUGAAACACAGACGGUGUUCCUGUUUUGGAUUUGUCGUCUCUCUUCCUCCCAAAUCUGAGUGAGAUGUCUUCAGUCCAUUGAAACUGAGAUCCUGCCGUAUACAGUGAUGUUAAGAAAACAUUUGACAGUUGCACCAUUGCUGAUACUUAUGAUGAGUGUCUUCAGAGGACAUACCCUCAAAUGUCAUCAAACAGAGUAUCAGAACGGGGAUCAGUGCUGUCCUACGUGUUCUGCUGGAAGUCGAGUUAGAAACCAUUGCACAGAGUUCAGACCUACUUCCUGUCUGGAUUGCGAUGAGGGAACAUUCAUGGAUCGUCCUACAGGGCUUACAGAAUGUUUUCCCUGUGUACGCUGUAUUUCAGAUUUUGGUUUAAAGAUGAAGACAGCAUGUACGACUACCUCAGAUACAGUUUGUGAACCACUGGAGGGAUUCUACUGUCUGUACCCUAUAGAGGACGACUGUGUUGAAGCACAGAAACACAGCAGCUGUCAACCAGGACAAUAUAUCAGCCAAAAAGGAACAGCAUUAAGGGACACUGAGUGCUCUGACUGCAGAGAUGGAACAUUUUCUGAUGGGACAUUAUUGACAUCGUGUCAGCCACACACACAAUGUCAAUCAUUGGAUCUUCAGCUGAUAAAACCAGGAACUGCUUCAACAGAUGCUGAAUGUGGAGAACAAAGUUCAGGAGCUGUGAUCGGCGCCGUUGUGGGGGGGCUUGUGACCUGUUUAGUUGUCGGACUUGCAAUAGCUCUGUUUUUGGUGUGGCGUCUCAAAAAGAAGAAAGACACUGAAAGAAAAAGGAAUGCAGACAAUCCCCAACAGUACUUCAAAAAGAAUAUGAAGAAAAAGCUGCAGGAAGUGGCUAUGAUAAACAAACACAGAGACAGUUCAUCGGACCCAUCAGAGGAAAGUUCCAUGUUUGAUAAAAUCUAGUUGGAUGCUGACACAUUGUAAGUUGUACAUAAAGGAAUCAGUCCAAGGUGAAUUUUGGGCACUGUGCUCCAAAGUGAAUAGCUGCUGGUCUGCAGCCUGCAUCACUAUCUUCCAGAGAUGUUACUGGACAGAGACUAGUCAGUCUGGAAUAACAGCUUGGAGCAAGUCCCGGACUAAGUAUGUAACGGCUCCAGGCUCUUCACUCAGAACGUCUGCUCCAUCUCUCUCACCUGGACAUUUUGCUGCUUGUACAGUGAGCUCUCCUUGUGUGGAACACCUUAAAGACCAACAUGUUCCCAUCCCUGUCAUUCCAAGCCACAGAUCACCCAGACAUCAUGUGUCUGAAGGCAGGUAUCAUCAGAGAGCUAACACCUGGCCCCCCUGCCCCCGUGGCCUCUUGCCUCUACUGAAGCCCCUCCUGACCAAGCUUCUGUCAGGACGGCUCUGCUCAACGCUCGCUCCCUUAGCAACAAGACAUUUCUUCUCAAAGAUGGAUUUUUUAGAGAAAAUUUUGAUUUUUGGAUCUUUACUGAAACCUGGCAGAGGAAUAUGGAGUAUUGGUCCAUCAUUGAACUUUGUCCUGCAGACUGUAGCUUCAUCAGGACACCGAGGCUGUCAGGCCGUGAUGGUGGUCUGGCAGUGAUUUUUAGAAAUAGCUUUAACUAUCGGUUGGUUAGCACCGAGACUGUCCCCUCAUUUGAACUCAAUAUGACUCGG